CAAGCAUAUUCAUAUAUUCAUAAUGGCCAUGCCCAUCACUGUUUCCUCUUCUGAAACCAAAGAUCUAUUGAGAAUGGAACGUGUCGGCACCCAUUCUCACAUUCGUGGUCUCGGCCUCGAUGAUAAAUACGAACCUCGUGCAUCCUCCCAAGGAAUGGUUGGUCAACUCAAAGCUCGUAAAGCAGCCGGAAUUACGCUCGCCAUGAUCAAAGCUGGAAAGACUCCCGGUCGCGCUAUUCUGAUUGCUGGUCCUCCUUCAACCGGAAAAACCGCAAUUGCAAUGGCAAUGGCUCAAGAGCUCGGCACAGACGUACCUUUCACUUCUCUGGCCGCAUCAGAAAUCUUCUCUCUUGAGAUGUCAAAAACCGAGGCAUUGACACAGGCAUUCCGUAGAUCUAUUGGUGUGCGCAUCAAAGAAGAGUCUGAGCUUAUUGAGGGUGAAGUUGUGGAAAUUCAGAUUGACCGUUCUUUGACUGGUGGAUCCAAAACCGGAAAGUUGACCUUGAAGACUACCGAUAUGGAAACCAUUUACGAUCUUGGUACAAAGAUGAUCGAGUCUUUGGAUAAGGAGAAGGUUAUGGCUGGUGAUGUUAUUACUAUUGAUAAGGCGUCUGGACGCAUUACCAAGUUGGGUAGAUCAUUCACCCGUGCAAGAGACUAUGAUGCCAUGGGCUCUGAUACCAAGUUUGUACAGUGCCCCGAGGGAGAAUUGCAGAAGCGCAAGGAGGUUGUUCACACUGUGUCGCUUCAUGAAAUUGAUGUAAUCAACAGCAGAACCCAGGGCUUCUUGGCACUCUUCUCAGGUGAUACUGGAGAGAUUAAACAGGAAGUCAGAGACCAGAUCAACAGCAAGGUUGCUGAGUGGAGAGAGGAAGGAAAGGCCGAUAUUGUACCUGGUGUUCUUUUCAUUGAUGAAGUUCACAUGCUUGAUAUCGAAUGCUUCUCAUUCCUUAACAGAGCAUUGGAAGACGACAUGGCACCUAUUGUGAUUAUGGCAUCUAACCGCGGUGUCACCAACAUUCGCGGCACAAAGUAUAAAGCACCACACGGUAUUCCUGCCGAUCUCCGUGACCGAUUGACAACCAUCUCCACAAGUGCAUACGAAGAAAAAGACAUUCGCCAAAUCUUAAAUAUUAGAUGUGUGGAAGAAGAUGUAGAAAUGUCCGAUGAUGCAAAGGAUGUUUUGACUAGAAUUGGUGUCGAGACAUCCCUUCGUUACUCUAUUCACCUUAUCACAGCUGCCAACCUUGUUUCACGAAAGAGAAAGGCAACGAUAGUCGAUGUUCAAGACAUUAAGCGCGUAUACUCCCUCUUCUUAGACGAAAAGAGAUCUGUUCAGUACAUGAAGGAUUAUGAAGACCAGUACAUGUACAAUGACCAGAGUGAGAAGGUCGUUGAGGGCACUCCUAUGGAGAUGUAAAUCUUUUUAUUAUUAUUUUAUUUUCCCUUUCCUUUUGUUCUUUAUCUUUAAAUAUAUACUAUAUAUACUAUAUAUAUAUCUUAUAUUUAUAUUCUUAUUUUUGCUCUGCAUCAAUAAAAAUCAAGUCUUCAUUACACACGC